UAACAUGAUGGACAGCUCAUCAGGUUCCCAUGUGGAGUGGUGCAAACAGCUGAUAGCAGCCACCCUCUCCAGUCAGGCGUCAAGAUCCGUCCAACUGGACCUCCUGAGUAGGGACAGCAGGGUCUCCAGGAAACUGACAUCCAGGACUCCAGGAUUUGGAGCACGGCUCAGAGCUCCACAGAGCCAGGUUCCUCUGCUUCCUGGAGAGACCGUCCAGCUCACAGUAAAGGACGUGAUGCAUAUCUGUCCAUUCAGUGGCGUUAUCACAGGAACCCUCACCAUCACUGACUACAAACUGUUCUUCAGCAGCACAGAGAACUCGGCCCUUGUGCUUGACAUUAACCUGGGAGCCAUCAGCAGAGUGGAGACCUUUACUGUCAAACACCAGGAGAAAAAUAUCAGUGGUCUCCACCUGGUGUGCAAGGACAUAAGGAGUCCAAGGUUUGCCUACAAGACAGAAGAAAAUCAGCCGGAUGUGCAGAAGGUUCUGGUCCAACACACGUUCCCUCUGUCCAACAGCCUGCCUCUCUUUGCCUUCAAGUACCAGGAGCAGUUUCCUGUGGAUGGUUGGAAGGUUUAUGACCCGGCAGCAGAGUACAGACGCCAGGGUCUUCCAAACGAAAGCUGGACCAUCAGUAGGAUGAACAACACCUAUGAGCUGUGUGACACCUACCCCUCCGUUCUGGUCAUCCCCAAAAACUUCACGGAGGAAGACAUGAAACAAGUGGCUUUGUUCAGAGCAAAGCACCGCGUACCGGUCUUAUCCUGGAUCCACCCAGAGUCUCAGGCCACCAUAGUGCGCUGCAGCCAGCCGUUGGUGGGUCCGCUAGACCGGCGCUGUAAGGAGGACGAGCGCCUUCUACAGAUCAUCAUGGACGCCAACGCUCAGUCCCACAAGCUCACCAUCUUUGAUGCUCGCCAGAGCAACAUAGCCGUCACCAACAAGUCGAAGACCAAAGAUGCCGGCUAUGAAAGUGAGAGCUUCUACCCCAACAUAGAGCUGAACUUCCUAGAAAUCCCCAGAAUCCAUGUGAUGAGGGAGUCUCUGAGGAAGCUGACGGACGUGAUUUGUCCCACCAUCGAAGAAGGCCACUGGCAUUCUGCUGUGGACCAGACUCACUGGCUGGAGUACAUACGGCUGCUGCUGGCGGGAGCGGCGAAGAUCGCUGAUAAGCUGGAGUCUGGGAAGACGUCUGUGGUGGUCCACUGCGGUGACGGCUGGGACAGAACGGCCCAGCUCACCUCGCUGUCCAUGCUGAUGCUGGACGGGUUCUACCGGACCCUCAGAGGCUUCCAGGUUCUGGUGGAAAAGGAGUGGAUCAGCUUUGGACACAAGUUUUCUACACGUGUGGGUCAUGGUGAUGAGGAUCAUGGGAACAUGGAGCGCUCCCCUCAGUUCGUCCAGUUUGUAGACUGCGUCUGGCAGAUGACCCGGCAGUUCCCUGCUGCCUUUGAGUUUAACGAGCUGUACCUCAUCACAGUCCUGGACCACCUUUACAGUUGUCUCUUUGGGACGUUCCUCUGUAACAGCGAGCAGGAGAGGGGAGCCAAGGAGGUCCAGGCCAAGACCGUGUCCUUGUGGUCCUACAUCAACAGCCAGCCUGAAGACUUCAUCAAUCCCUUCUACGUGGAUUAUCAGAACCACGUCCUGUAUCCGUCAGUUUCCUCCCGACACCUGGAGCUUUGGACCAGCUACUACGCCCGGUGGAACCCAUGCAUGAGACCACAGGUUCCGGUACAUCAGACUCUGAAAGAUCUGCUGAUCCUGAGAGCAGAACUCCAGAAGAAGGUGGAGGAGCUCAAGAGAGAACCUCCUUCCAACACACAUCUGUCUCCGCUCAACAGCUCCCCUACAGGAACCCCGCUGCACAUGUUCUGACUGAGACACACACACACACACACACACACACACACACACACACACACACACACACACACACACACACACACACACACACACACACACACACACAACCGUUAAACCAAAUAUUGAGUAUUACAGUUUCAACAAAUGAGGAAACAUUUUUCACUUCAUUAACAUUCCUUUAUUAGUGAGGAUGGUAAUAAAGCUUUACAGACAUUAAAAUAGUUAAAAGUCA